AACAAAUAACUGGUUCCAAAAAAGUCAUAGUAGGAAGGUUAGUUGAAAAUUAUAGAUCUUGCGUUUUUUCACUUUUUCCAAAAAAAAAAUCUAUAAUACAAAAAUCAAUGAACCGUUUUAGAACCAGAUUAGCCGCAUCCAUACCAACAUAUACAAAAAUCAAUGAACCGUUUUAGAACCAGACUAGCCGCAUCCAUACCAACAUAUAUUUGAGAUAGAAAAAGGAUUCUGUAUAUUUGUUAGACAUGGCUUUCCCAGAGUUUCCUGUAUUUUGGCAUGGAACAAAUAUGAUAAAAGAGGACACGUAUGCUCCUGCGACAGCUACAGUAUGUGCACUCAUUGUUUUCUUGUGGGUUUUGUAUAGAUUUGCAGUGCAAAGGCAAAAUACAUUGAAAUUGAGAUUGCCCCCUGGACCGUUUCCAUGGCCUAUUAUCGGAAACCUGAACCAGCUGAAAAAGCUUCCUCAUCGUGAUCUUCAUGAACUUGGUAAGAAAUACGGGCCCAUUAUGUUUCUGAAAUUGGGUUCUGUUCCCACUGUUGUGGUUUCUUCUUCUGCAAUGGCGAAGGAGUUCUUGAAAACCCAUGAUGUGGUUUUUGCCAGCCGACCUGUCACUGCUGCAGGGAAAUACAUAGGGUAUAAUUUCAAAGAUCUGAUACUUGCUCCUUAUGGGCCUUAUUGGAGACACAUGAGGAAGCUGUGCGUGGUAGAAUUGCUGAAUGGAAAAAGGAUCGAGUCCUUCAGAUGUGUACGCGAGGAAGAAAUGAUUUUGGCUGUUCGUUCGGUGUGGGAAAUGUCUGGGCAGGGUAGGACUCCUGUUAAUCUCACCAACAUGUUUUCAUCGUUUGCGCAGGCAGUCAUGUGGCGAAUCCUUUCCAGUACCCAAAUUUCUUUUCACGGUGAAGAGAUAAAUAAUAUUUUUAAAGAGUUGGCAGCUACAGUAGGAGCUGCCAAUAUUGGGGACUUCAUUCCUUACCUAGACUCGCUGGACUUGCAAGGAGUGAAGCGGCGCAUGAAAAAUAUACACAAUUCUAUCGACCAAAUGAUAAGAAAGGUUCUAGAGGAACACCGGCAGAGCAGGAGGAAAUUCCACAAGGAACGUGAGCAGCAGCUUGGUACUAAGGACAUCAUUGACGUGCUCUUGGAAAUGGAGAGCUUCGAUGGAACGGAAAUCACAGAGGAAAACAUUAAAGCCAUUGUUUUUGAUAUUUUUGUGGCUGGAAUUGAAACGACGUCUACUACAUUAGCUUGGGCAAUGAGUGCGAUUCUCAAAAGCCCUGUUGUGGCAAAGAAAAUGCAAGAGGAAAUUGAAUCAGUGGUAGGCAAAGAGAGAACAGUGAGUGAGUCUGAUUUAGCAGGCAUGGAGUACGUGCAGUGUGUGGUGAAGGAGACGUUGAGGCUAUAUCCAGUAGUACCCUUGCUGCUUCCACACGAAUCCACACAAAAUUGCACAGUUGGCGGAUACUUCAUUCCUGAGAAAACCAGGCUUAUCAUCAAUGCUUGGGCCAUUGGACGAGAUCCAUCCUUGUGGGAAGAUCCUCUGGCAUUCAGGCCAGAGAGGUUUAUGGGUAAAAACGUUGAUAUUGUGAGAGACAAAAACUUCUUUGAUAUGUUGCCGUUUGGAGCAGGAAGGAGAGGAUGCCCAGGAGCAGGCAUGGCCAUCGUGACUAUCAACCUUGUUUUGGCUCAGCUCAUUCACUGUUUUGAGUGGAAUGUCGAAGGAGAUUUGGAUAUGACAGAAGUCUUUGGAUCCAGCAUAUCCAGGAGUGUUGACCUCCUCGCUCGUCCUGCCUUGAGCUUAUCCUCCUGCCCCUAAAUUAACAUGCCCACUUUUUACAGAACUAUUGUCAGUUUGUUGUGCAAGAUUUAAAUUGUAUUUUUCAAAAAAAUCAGACAUUGAUGACCUGAAAAACCUAAUUAUUAAUAAUAAGAGACGCAUAUACGUCAUGUUGC